ACCCACAGCGAGCUCCGAGCCCCAUCGAUAAGGAUGUCGGGGAGACAGGUCGCUGCCAUUUGGGGCCCAUCCCUGACUCAGGGACGAUGCAGUUUGUGGCCGUGCUGCCCACGCAGAGGCCUCACGAGGCAGGUAACGAGGUGAUCACUGUGGAGGUACCAAUGAACAGCACAGUGAGGAGCCUCUGGGGGUUGAUCUGGCUGAAAGCGAGCCAGGAGAGUGCCAAACCCUCUGUCUAUCAACUUUCCGGCCCGGAUUCCUAUCAGCUCCUGUACAAGAAGGGAGCGACAUGGUAUGAGAUUUAUGACAACCAGCAGCUCCUGCACACUCUGGACUCUGUGAAGUAUUGGAAGUGUUUGGGAUCCAAGAAGUGUCUGCUUUACAUCAAGCAGCGAGCCAAGGCUACGAAAGAGGCUGGGGAAUUCUGGAAAUGCCUGACCCACCUGAUUGGCUAUGACUUACAAGGCAUCGACGCCGACCAGCACAGAGAGGUGGCCUUUGCGCGGAGGAAACUUGGCUCGGCUCGGAAAACUGAGAUGCACAAUCGGAACGGGUGGGAUUAUGCGAUGGAGCCUUGGCUGGCCUCCUGUCCUCUUCCCAGCACCCUGCAGAGCCAAAUCAGCAAAGAGUUGGUGGUUGCCAUCUCCUACAACGCUGUCAGCCAUAAAAUGAAGGUGGGGAUUUAUGACACAGCAGACAUGGUUGUCCGCCUCUGCAGAGAGAAGAUGGAGAUGGAAAGUGCUCAUGACAACUUAGUCUUAAAGGUCUGGGGAAGAGAAGAGUAUAUCACAGGAAACUGGCCACUCGUUGACUUUACCUGGGUGAGACGCUGCAUCAAGAAUAAAGAAGAGUUGCAACUGGCACUGGUGCCAUCUCCAUGCCUUGCAGAUGAUGAGGUGAAGGUUGAGGACUGGCCUUUGAUUGACCAAUGCACAGGGCUCACCAGCACCCAUGACCAACUGACCCUGAGGGGCAAAGAUAUUGAGCAGAUUCAAAUGCUCUCGCUCUGGGAUUGCAAUCAGCGUUUCCGCGUCAAGGUUGUAGGCUUAGACAUUCCCGUUCUGCCCAGCAAAAGCCUCCCGAAUGUAUUUGUGGAGGGAGCUGUGCAUCAUGCCACAAACGUCCUUGCUUCGGCCCGUUCUCAGCCAAUGCCACUGACCGAAGAGAUUCUGUGGAACACUUGGCUGGAGUUUGACAUUUUGGUGAAGAAUUUGCCCCAAGGGUCAAGGUUGAGUUUGUCUGUGUACGGCCUGGACCAAGAGAGCUCGACUGCAAGAGAUGGAAAGGCCACUUCCCAGAACGUUAAAGAUGGAGAUGCUUACAGAGGGAAGACCAAGCUUUUCUUUUUUGUCAACCUUCUCCUGAUCGAUCACCGGUCAUUCCUUCAGCAAGGUGAGCACAUCCUUCAUAUGUGGGCGUACUCAUGUCACGAGGACAGUCUUGUCACCCACGAGGUAGACAAACUCUCAUCAAAGACUAACCCAGACAUUGAGAAUUCGACAGCAAUCUGUAUCCUGCUGGACACCUACAAUUACCCGGUGGUGUUACCCAGUGGCAGGGGCUCUCGCUCCUCAUGGGUUGACCAGUCCGAAGAUGAGGUGGUCCCUGUGAAACAGGAAGUGGUGCAGGAGGAGACUCGGUGUUCCCUGAGCGGUUCACAGAGGGACUUGCUAAAACGGUUCACAGAGGAGUGUGCUCGGUACAGCCUCUCACUACCCACAUUUCUCAGCACCGUCCAAUGGGGCGAUCUGAAAGCAGUUGAGGAGGUACACUGGCUGUUUGACCAUUGGAACCCUCCAGAGUUGGAUAUCGCCGUCGCACUGGAACUGCUCAGCAUCAACAUUGCUGAUGAGAAGGUCAGGACCCUCUCCGUACAGCGACUGGAAGAGGUGGACAAUGACCAUCUGUUGAGAUACCUCUUACAGCUCGUCCAGGCGUUGAAGUUCGAACCAUACCACGACAGUGCCCUGGCCCGGUUCCUCAUCCAACGCGCGCUGAGG